ACACCCAAACAUGUUUGCUAUGCAGGCAUCUACAAAAAAGUACCUUGCAGUUCCGCUACUGUAAUGCUAGCGUUUUGGUGCUUUUACAAUUCCAUACCAGCGUUUGACUUUUUUUCGUGUCUUCUUUUUCUUUCAUUCUCUUCGCGCCUCCAAAGCCUUGCUAAUAGAUGCUGGGCGGUGGGGAUGCAAUUUAUCAGGAACCCUUGGAAUGUCCCAGGGGAGGCGGCGUGGUCCACUGGCUGUUCUUUAGGGGACAGCAAGGGCCUUAGUGCGCCGGCGAGCUCCAUGUACUUGGACUCUUCUGCGGCCAUGACGAGACAUGCUUUGAGGCCGGAUUUAGCGCUGAUUUCGACGUUGACCCACUCAUUCUGGAAGUAUCUUGCAUCGCAGGCGUCGAGCCAGGUACAUGGAUACGGUGCCUCGGAUUUGACUUCGAUUGCGCCUCCCAGCGCUGGGUCCGGUGGCGGCGCUCCGUCACAGCAGCAAAGUACAGCGUUCCGCCAGCGUCCUCUAGCGACGGUGGGCACCUACGAGGGCCGCCCAGGGCCCUGUGCACUGGCACUCGCAUGGCUGCACAGCGUCUCUGCUGCCCCCGCCGGCGCCUGAACACCGGAUCGUCAUCUAUAAACUCGGGUUUGGCAGCUAAAACUUCGUCCCCAGCCGCAUCCACCAUCUCCGGAGAACUAGGCCGGGUCCUCAGUUGCUAAAUUACUGCCCGUUGCUAGUAUUUCAGCUCGCGCUCCCUCUUCUCCAUGGCUCCAUCUCGGUGAAUCCCUCAUUUCGCCGUUUUCUCUUCUUUGUUGCUUGCUGUGAUACCCCGUUGCUAUCUCUCGACCCACCAAAGGCUCGCUGCUUCUGCCUCGUCCUGUGCGGGCAUCCAGACGAGGUUUAAAAAAAAAAGAGGAGACGACAAGAUAGGAGGCAUUCCCAUUGUUGGGUUCCUGCAG